AUGAUCCACAGCUUGUUCCUGAUCAACGCCUCGGGGGACAUUUUUCUGGAGAAGCACUGGAAGAGCGUGGUCAGCCGCUCUGUGUGUGACUACUUCUUUGAGGCCCAGGAGCGUGCCACUGAGCCGGAGAAGGUCCCGCCGGUGAUCCCCACGCCGCACCACUACCUCAUCAGCGUGCUCCGGCACCGCAUUUACUUUGUAGCUGUCAUCCAGAGCGAGGUCCCGCCACUCUUUGUCAUUGAGUUCCUGCACAGGGUCGUCGACACUUUCCAGGACUAUUUUGGAGUGUGUACUGAGGCUGCCAUCAAGGACAAUGUGGUGGUGGUGUAUGAGUUACUGGAGGAGAUGCUGGACAAUGGCUUUCCCUUGGCUACCGAGUCCAACAUCCUCAAGGAACUUAUCAAGCCCCCCACCAUCCUUCGUACAAUGGUCAACACCAUCACAGGCAGCACAAAUGUUGGUGAGCAGCUGCCUACAGGCCAGUUAUCAGUGGUGCCAUGGCGACGCACUGGAGUGAAAUAUACAAACAAUGAGGCCUACUUUGACGUGGUGGAGGAGAUUGAUGCUAUCAUUGAUAAGUCAGGCUCCACCAUCACAGCAGAAAUCCAGGGAGUGAUUGACGCCUGUGUGAAACUGUCUGGCAUGCCUGACCUCACCCUCUCAUUCAUGAACCCUCGGCUGCUGGAUGAUGUCAGCUUCCACCCAUGUGUGCGGUUCAAACGUUGGGAGGCGGAGCGGAUCCUCUCCUUCAUCCCCCCUGAUGGAAACUUCCGGCUGCUAUCGUAUCAUGUCAGCUCGCAGAAUCUGGUAGCCAUCCCAGUAUACGUCAAACACAACAUCACCUUCCGUGAGGGUAGCUCCCAAGGCCGGUUUGACCUAACCCUCGGCCCCAAGCAGACCAUGGGCAAGGCCGUAGAGUCAGUGUUGGUCAGCAGCCAGCUGCCACGUGGGGUCCUCAACACUAACCUCAACCCGUCCCAGGGAACAUACACCUUUGACCCUGUCACCAAGCUGCUAACAUGGGAUGUGGGGAAGAUUAAUCCCCAGAAGCUGCCCAGUCUGAAGGGCUCCAUGAGCCUGCAGGCAGGGGCCUCCAAACCAGAUGAGAACCCAACCAUCAACAUCCAGUUCAAGAUCCAACAGAUGGCCAUCUCAGGGCUGAAGGUGAAUCGGUUGGAUAUGUACGGCGAGAAGUAUAAACCUUUCAAAGGCAUCAAGUACAUGACCAAGGCUGGCAAGUUUCAAGUUCGGACAUAGAGAAUUACUGCUCCGUGGCCACCGGACCAGACA